UGUGUCACUGCACAGGACAAGGGAGGCUCCGCCGUGUGUAACCUUGUGUGAGCUGCCAGCACUGGAUCAUUAGGAGAACUGUGCAUGUACACGAGAAGCCGUGCAUGAACUGUGCUGUAUUACCAAGCUGAAAGUGGAGAUGGUGGUCAUAUUCUGAAGAAAGCCCACGUCUGUAAUAAUGAGCGCACCUGCCGCUACUAGAGUUUUUAUACUGUCCCUAACAGCCAUUCCCGUCACUUAUCUCUUCAACUAUGUUUCUACAGUCCAGAGUUUUUGGCCUGUUGCGGUUGCUAGCGGAAUGGUCUUGAUGAUGAUAUCGUUAUUAUCCCGUCUGCUAGUGAUUCCGAAACCACCCAGAGAUCCUUUGUUCUAUGUAUAUGCCGUAUUUUCAUUCACCAGUGUGGUGUGUCUUAUCAUUGGCCUUGAACAGGAUGGAAUUAUAGACGGAUUUAUGACUCUGUAUUUAAAAGAGACUGAGCCUUACUUGAACACAGCACAUGGCCACAUGAUCUGUUACUGGGAUGGCACUGCCCAUUACUUGAUGUAUCUGCUGAUGGUGGCAGCGAUUGCAUGGGAUCAGAACUACAGGACCAUUGGCCUCUACUGGGUAGGAUCCAUUAUAAUGAGUAUGAUUGUGUUUAUUCCUGGAAGUAUUGUUGGUAAAUAUGGAACGAGGAUUUGUCCUGCAUUUUUCUUGAACUUCCUGUAUAUUUGCCUUCCACUGUGGGCUGGGUUUAGAAUCUACAAACAACCAUCCGCUACCAGUAAUCCAUCUGCAAAGGAGGCCCAAAAUAUUCAGCAAAAGAAUUUAUUAAGAAGACCAUCUGACCUAGUGCUGGUCAUGUACCUCAUCACUGCAACUAUCUUCUGUAUAUUCAGAGGAAUGACUGCUUUAGAUUGUCCAUCUGAUCUCUGUCGGUUAUAUAUACAACUUCAAGAGCCAUAUAUCAAAGACCCUGUUGCCUACCCAAAACUCCAGAUGUUGGUGUAUAUGUUCUAUUCUGUACCCUAUAAUCUAUUCACUUUGUAUGGACUCCUGGUUCCUGGGUGCACGUGGAUGCCAGAUCUUACCAUUAUUUAUGCCGGUGGAUUGGCUCAGGCACAGUUUUCACACAUUGGUGCGUCCCUUCAUGCAAGGACUCCUUACAUCUAUCGAGUUCCUGAUGAUGCAAGACUUUUGGUGUUAAUUGCAAACUUACUUUUUGGGAUUUUCCCACAGAUAUUAGCUCAUCGCUGUAUAAACCAGCCAGAAUUUUUUGUAAGGAUAAAACCAGUGGCCAAAUCUAACUGAAGUGUACUAUGUUUUUUUAUUGCACAAGGUUCUUGCAGAUUUUUUAAGCCACUACCCAAUAUAAUGUGAUUUGGUCUGGUUGACACUAUUUAAACCUUGCCUUAUAGCAAGAUGACUAGACAGUGGGAUCACGUGUAUGUAAAUGUCUCAUGUUUUAUGAUGAAUUGGUUGUACAUUUCUGAUGCUUUUGUGUACAUAGUGAGCAACUCCUGAAAAAGCUUUAUGCAAACGUGCUGAAACAGCAUGAAAAUUCUCUUCAACAUAAAGGCAUUCUCUGGGACUUGAAUAAUUAUGGUAUACGCCAGGGAUGCUCAACCUGCAGUCCUUCAGCUGUUCUAAAACUAUAUCUCCCACCAUGCCCCAGCUGUAGGCUGUCAGGGCAUGCUGGGAGUUGUAGUUUUGCAACAGCUGGAGGACGGCAGUUGGCCAUCCCUGGUCUAGGCCAAACACAUUUGUGUCUACAGGUAAUAUCCCUUUAAAGAUCCAUGGUGCUCCUUACUUAUUCAUGCACAGUAACUAGUUCAUACAUGUGGCUGUGCCUGGUAGUGCAGCUUAGUCAUUCACAAUUCAAUGCAACCCAUCUGGAGUACCAGGAACAGUCGCCUGUACAGAGGAAACAAUGAAGGGGACAGGCUGUGUGAAAGAAAUCAAUUAAAGGGGUUUUCCAGGAGUACAAUACUGAUGACCUAUCAUCAGAUCAGUGGAGAUCUGACAUGUGGCACCCUCAUCACCUAUGACUGCCUCACAGCAUACUAAGCACAGUGCUGUACAUUAGACAGUGACUGUGCUUGGUACUGCAGCCCAGACCUAUUCACUUGAAUGGGGUUGAGCUGCACAUAGGCAAUGUGACCAAUGUACAGUGACAUCAUUGGCCUAGGAAGAUGCUGUAGUGCUCACUGGAGCGCCUUGCCAUCUUGAAACAGCUGAUUGGGAGAGGUUUGGGGAGUCUGACACCUGCCAAUCUGAUAUUGAUGUCCUAUCCUAAAGAUAGAUCAUAAAUAUUUUACCUCUGGAAACCUCUUUAAUUCUACCAUUCUUCCUAUCCUUAAGAUUGCUUUGAUCCUUAAUGUCAUAUUACGGUAAAUAUAUUGUCUACUGUACAUUCUCUUGACAAGAAGAAUGAACCCCAGCCAGCCAUCCAACAACUCUUGGACCGUCAAAAAAGGCAGACAAUAAGGAAGCAUAUCUGAUGUUCAGAUACCCAUCUCCAACUUUGACUGCCAUCAUUUUGGUUGGCUGGUAUGCUCCUGUAUGCUUUAUACUAUAAGACCCCUCUGUAUGUGCAUGCUGUAUGCCACUUUAUUGCAAUCUUAUCCUUUUAAAUUGGAGCACUUCAGCCCCUUCAUUGUGCUAACUGCCAAGGGUCCUGGGUUUCGGUCUCCCACUGAUUAAACACUGCGGGCCUAUACUAAGCAUAGGAUUAAAAAUAUGAAUCCCCUCUUAUACAGUACAUGUACUCAUAUGCAUUACAAUGCAAUGCCAGAGACAGAUCAUGUCUAUUCAGUCUGAUACAAGUAACCGAUACCAUUAUCAUACAUGAGACCUAUGACAAGUCAGGAACUCUUUUUUUUUUUGCAUCUUUAUUACUGAACCAUAAUGGACCUUCUCCUGUCAUUAACACUUCCAUCAAUAUAAUAUAUGCUUCAAACACAAUUAUUAUUUGUAAUUAUAACUAACGCAAAUGUUUACAUAAGUUUUCUUUUAAUAACUGUUACAUACAUUGUAAAUUAACUUGUGUGACCUGUCCUUCUUCAUAAUCUUGAACCAUAAUUUCCAACAUACAUCAGGAGUGUUCAUUUUGUAAAAACAGCAAUACAACAAUUUACGAGAUGUGUUUCAACUACCAACACUGGAAAGGCCAAAGAUGCAUAAGAGGAGAACAAAUGUAAAGAAAAUGUUUUUCACGAAAAACUGCAAUAAAAUAAAUAAAAUCUAUUA